AUGCUUGUGAAUUUCGUCGAUCCUCAUUUCGCUCUCACUGACGCGAGCUUCGCCCACUCCGUGGGCGAUGAACAGAGCGUGCAGGGAAUUUGUCUAGACCCCGCCGUCCAAGCCAUUCUUGCCUCAGACGGAGUACAGCUCGGGUCUCUGCGUGCAGAGUGUGUUUUUUCAAAGCCAACGGUAGCGUCUUCUCUGGAUCAGGUGACCGUCACGCCGGCAGUCUGUGGAUGUGCGGCGGCGACAACUCCACCGGACCAGGUUUCGCUGCAGUCUUUUCCACGCGAUGCUUUAGCUUCCGCUUCGGGAAAUUCCGUUGUCGCGGCAAACGCGUUACGUUCUUCUCUGCUUAACAGAACCCCGUUUCGCCAUGAGCCCCGGUCAUCAUCGGAGAACGUCGGAAGUCCUGACACGACAGAGACCGCGCGGCGUUCACGUGCUUCUUUGGACUCGUCAGGCGUCCCGCCGUGUCUCGUAUGUCAGUAUGGCUGCUCGAACGAUCCGGAAAGUCGCGAUGCCACAGACGCAUUCGCUGACAAAAUACGCGUAUCUAUUCCCGCUUCACAGGUAGCUCCAGCUGCGCCGCCCGCCGAACAGCCACCCUUCCUGCCUGCAGGCGACGCGUCUUUGCCGGCCUCGCAAGACUCCGUCGUGCCUUUGUGUCGAGUGGUAAACAAGGAUGGAUUCCUGAACCACGUCGUGGUCGCCGGCGCAUUUGAUCGCCUGCACGCGGGUCACAAAAUUCUGCUGAUGGCAGCCGCGCUGUUGGCGAGGCAGAGAGUGGGACUUGCGGUGACGUCAGGAAGUUUGAUUUCGAGGAAGGUCACGGACGCGUACCUCGCCAUGGCGUCGGGGAUCGAACCCUUUUGUCUUCGGAGCCGGUCAGCAGCAGCCUUCCUUGCGCUGCUUCUCCAGGCUAGCGGCCGUUCGUGCGUCUUCCUCAAUUACACCGCACAGGUUCUUUGCGAGGAGCUGGGCUUCUCAGAGGGCGUUUUAGGCAAGGAUUCGAGCGAGGACGGAGAGCAAAUCGAAAGGUUGUGGCGUGACGCAUAUGCCCAGGCGACUCAAGCUUGGUCUUGUUUUUCUCGCGCGCCGUGCGGCGAUCAGGCGGCCGCCGCGAACUGCAGACUGGCAGAGUCUUGCUUCGCUGCCGUGUGGAGCGACGCUGUCGACUUUCCGGCGCUGAGUGCGUGCCGGGGAAAAGACGAACGGGGAGAACGAAACCGCGACCCAGGAGAACAUCCGGUCGCCAUUUGUCUGUAUCGCAUCGGAGACCCUCUCGGCCCCGCUGGAGACCUCGACUUCGAUGCACUUGUUGUUAGCGCGGAAUCGGUCAGCGGGGGCCAGUUCGUCAACGCUGAAAGAGCGAAACGGAACCAUCGCCCUGUGCUGCUCGUCGAAAUUCCGACUCUCCCUCCCGCGAAUCCGGGCGGGAUCUGGAAACGCGACGCCUGUUCUGCUCUGGAAACGGGAGGCGCUUCUCGGGAGGCGCCCUCGCAUCAUCGGUCUACAAGCCACCAAAAGACCGAAACGUCUCAAGGGGGAGCGAGGUCGUGUACUGCGGAUGUAUCCGUUCCGGCCCCAGAACCGGCUGCACUGGCCCGGGCGCAGGCGUCUACGAAACUCAGUUCGACGACUCUCCGCGGUGUUCAGGCUCUGAGACUAGGGGUCUCCCGCGAAGAUCUGAAGCUUCUGUUCGCCGCCUUCCACGCGGCAGUGUCUAUGCUGAUAGGGACACCCGAGGCCGUUCAAAGCGCACACUGGACAGUCUUGUGCGAGAUGUACAGCGCGCCGUGGAGGCGUUUCAGCACCUUUGGCCGCCUCGCACGACUUUUAAGAAUUGUGGAGGAAACGAGCGGUGGAAGCCACGCGGAAGAAUCUCAGGGUGGGAGACUGACUCCGCAGCAGCAGGCUACUGUCUCGCUGGCGCUGUUGUUUGCCUUCGCUCCUGCAUUCCCUGGCGCUGCGUUGCGGAGGCAAAAGGUGACCGUUUCUGCUCUAGAAACACCCGCCGGUGUUGGCGUCCAACAGGCGCCGGGUGAAAACGCUAGCCCUAUACAAGCACAACACAGUCUAAACUGCGCGGGUGAACCUUCGAACGAAGCUGCAUUCGCACACGCGUUGUUAGCGGGGUGUUUUGUUGACGCAGCCAGUGCAGAGUGCACUCGGUGCGCUGCGAUGCACUUCGAUCUCUCUUCUGAAGCCCUCCGUCUCGGACCUGCCUCCGAGGAAAACAACAAGACGGUUCGUUCGAUGAAAUUCGAUACUUUCUCUUCUGUCUCGGCGUGCAUGAACGCUGCGCGAUCUGCAUGUCCCUUCCUGCUCGCCUCUCCAUCCGGAGCGCAAACGGACGCGAUGUGGAAUCAGGGACCAGUAUCGAAAGCAGGAUUUCCGUGUUCCAGAUCGAUACAACUCGCUGUCUUGCUGGAUGCCGCAGUCCCAUGGCCGGAGUAUCUAAACGCGCGAGCUCAACCGUUUAUGGAAGAGAACAGCUUCCUCUCUGUUCACGACUACCGUCGCUGGCGUGGAAACCAGAUUCGUGUGUGGCUGUCGCAGUACUGCCCGGAGGGCGACACCCGUCGUUUGGCUGCCCUCGGUCUGACUCAAGAAGAAGUCGAGCGAAUUGUGUUCAAUUUGAAAAAUGAACUGAAGAUGCUCAGUGUCUGUGACCCCGAACGCGUGCGGCGUGCGUACACACCCCCAGACUGA